AUAUCGUUUCUUAAGUCCUUGUCGUGCAUCCCAAGUUAUUUGUGUGGUCUACAAUUGAAUUGUUCGGAGGUGAUAUCUCAAGAUUUGUCGCUUAUUGAAAAAUACCAUGUCGUCACACGAAAGGUCGGUAGGGUUCUAGAUAUAUCCGAUGAGGAGCAGCAGAUUGAGAGUCCUGUCGUCUUUGGCUAAUCAUAAGUUAAACAGACAUCUUUCAUCAAGCUCAGUCUCCAGCACAACCCCGCUGAAAAAAACCCACAGUAAUAUAUCCACGUACCAGGAAGACGAGAGAUCUCAGCCAAAAUUAAAGUUAUUCGAAAGUCCUCUGGCUCAUGACAGACGAAAAUACUCGAUUACCCCUACGCCCCCGAGUGCCAUCCACAACAUAUCUGGUCCUAUUAAUAUCGCUCGAAAACAAUCAUACGACGAAUUAGCCGAAAAUCAGUAUGAUGAUAGAAAGAUCGACCCUUUCCCAAAGGAUGAUGCGGAAGAAGAAAUGUUCGAAACUCCCGAAUUUCGAAGAUAUGAGGAGACAACCAAUAUGGAACUCUUCUAUGACCUUUUCUUUGUUGCGAAUUUGACAACCUUCAACGAUGUUCACGAUGUCAAUGAGAUUGAUGCACUGAAGUCAUAUGCAGGGUUCUUUUGCAUUCUUUGGUUCUUAUGGUUACAAGUUAGCCUUUAUGAUGUUCGUUUUGUUACGGAUAGUGUAUUGGAGAGGAUUGGAAAGGCGUGUCAAUUUGGUGUUAUGAUUGGGUUGGCAAUUGUCGGACCGGAUUUCAAUUCAUCAGACCAAAAGCCCGGAGCUUUUCGUUCAUUGGCAAUCAUUUUAAUGUUCUCACGGCUUGUCUUAAGCUUUCAGUAUUCAGUUAUACUGGUAAGCUGCUCCGGCCCUUUGAUAGAAAACUCCGUAGCUAACCAAAGUCCAGUACCACGUUUGGUAUUAUAAGAAUUCCAAAACUCCACUCUUUCUUGUCGUUGUAGCAAAUUGUAUAGCUGCAAUGAUAUAUUUUGCUACUUUCUUGUUCGUCACUCGCCUAUUCUUAUACAUCAUUUUUAGCUAAUAGUUCCAUAGUGGGUUCACGAAGGAAACAUCUAAGACUGGAAAGGUGUUUAUUGUUUGGUAUAUCGCGGCUAUAAUGGAGACAGCCGUAAACAUUGCUAUAUCAUCGAAGUGGAAGGUCUUGAGCUUUAGAGGAUCCCAUCUCGUCCAAAGAAUGACUUUACUGACUUUGAUUAUUUGUGAGCACUGGUCUUGAGACACAGAUGAAUGAUCACUAACUCUUGUUGCAGUGGGGGAGGGUGUCAUUGGAGUUAGCAAAAGCAUCGCGGAUGUGAGUUCCUCAAAGCUGUUGAUCAAUGGCUGUGAUUUAUUGACUUUCAUAUAGAUUGCAGAACAGGAGGAGUCAUGGACCGCACCACUAAUUCUCACCAUCGUAUCAGCCGUUGGAAUCAUUGUAUGUCUCCCUUUCUCACUCUUUUCGCGCAACCACUGACUAUGCCAACCAAGUACUUCCUCUACAUGCUAUAUUUUGAUUGGCUCAACCGAUCCCAUUUCGGCUCCAUGCGUCAACAAAUAUGGGCAUUUUUACACUUUCCAUUCCAUCUCGCACUAGUUUUCCUCGUUGAAGGUGCUGCACAAUUUAUUCGAUGGCGAAAAGUUGUCGAAGUAAUUAAGUGAGUCCUUCAACUCAACACGCCUCCUCGUCAAGGCCUCCGAUAUUAAUAUCCCCAAAGUCUAGUCAGCAAAAAAUAUGUGGAUGACUUCAAGAAAAACCCAGCCAUCGAUAGUCUCGACCUCAAAACACGCCUAACAAACAUCACUGAAAAAAUCUUUGAGAAAUUUUCACCAGAGUUCACACAAACGUUUACGGAUACUGAAAAGGCUUUGUUCAAUAUUGGCAACGCAACAUUUAAAUCAAUAGAACAAUUGGGAAAUAUUACGACUUUAUUCUCUACCGUUCAAGAUUCCUUGUUUGAUAAUUUUGGAAUUGAUCCACCGGAAAGUGAUAAUGCAGUCACGGAUCCCAACGAAGAAUGGAAUGAGAAUUUAGGGGUUCUUGCUCUUGUGGUAGGUUUAAUAAGCUCUUAAAUCUCUUUUUCAUCAUCACGCAUCACUUAUCAGCGAGCACUUUUUAUCCCUCACCCUCACUUCAAUAACUCCCCUCUCCAUUCCCUUAACACCAACUCAAAAAUCCCAAAUCAGCCGCACUAACCCAGGUAGUUUACAUAUUUCUUCCUCGCCUCAGGUGUAACCCUCAUUCUAAUGAAUAUUCUCAACAUCCUCAGCCGACCCAAAAUGACCCGCGCAGAUAAAAUCCGCAUAGCGGUUAAUUUCGUCCUUUCUAUUACAUUAGCCGGUCUAGCAGGUAUCUCGAAUACAAACUCCGGAUUCGCUUUUGCGCAGAGUGCCUGGGUUUUGCCAAUUGUAGCGGGAACUUAUUUUUUUGGUAUGUCUCGUUUUCUUUGAUUUCCUCUUCACGCAUGGUAUACCGGCUGGGCAGGAGUUGGAAAAUGCGAGAAUGAUUCAUUUUGCUAAUUGUUGGUGUGUUAGUUAUGUUGUUGGGUUAUACGAAGUUGUUGUGGUAGUUGUUAGAUUGCGGAGUUAUUAGGAAAGAGAAGGGUGAAUCAUUGAUGUGAUGUGAUGGGUACUUACUAGGUUUAGUGUUUGAUGAAGGGCUGGCUAAUGGGUUUGG